GCCCACCUAUUAAAGUCGCCCUUUCCAACAUGCCCCCACCCUUGACGUCUCCCUUUCCAAGAUGGCUGACCCAAUAGGCUAUCUAAGCGCAACGUCACCAAACAGGAAGAGAAUUGUCAACUUCGUGCUUCGUUGAUCAGGUUCAGUGAGGGAGGAGGGAGAGACGCCUCGCAAACACUCUCUCACACUUUCUCUUUCUGGCUGUUAAGAUCUCCUCUCACAUUCUCACACACACACACACACACACACACACACACACGUAUACAUAUAUCUCUUUCUCUCAUAAGGACAUCAUGUCGAUGCUCGGCAGCUUUAGUGGAACUCAGCGAGCUGCUAAAAGCCUCGGUGGUGGUGGAGAUAAGGACUUAACCGACUUUGUUUGCCCGGUAUGUCUCGAAAUAUUUGAGUCACCGAUGAUCACAGAGUGUGGACACGCAUUCUGCAACAGAUGCCUUCAGGAGUGUUUGCGACCCAAGAAGCCGGUGUGCGCUGUGUGCAGAGCCGCCUUGGACAAAUGGGGAAAAGCCAUCGAUCUGGAGGCUUUAAUCCACAAAACAGACAAACCGUGCAAGGGCUGUGGGCAACAGAUCGUGUUGUCGGAGAUGAGGGAGCACAUGGGAAGCUGUUCUAAAUAUCAGGACUACAUCCAGGAAGGGCUGAAGAACAUCACUCACACUCAGCCUGACGCAAUCCGCUCUGUGCCUAACCGCUACACCUUCACCUGCCCCUACUGCGACUGCCCCAACCUCGACCAGGACGGCCUGGUGGAGCACUGCAAGUCCCAGCAUGCCCGUGACCCACGCCAAGUGGUGUGUCCCAUCUGCGCCUCCAUGCCGUGGGGAGAUCCGUCCUACAAGAGUUCAGACUUCUUUCAGCAUCUCCGGAUAAGACAUACCUUCUCCUACGACACGUUUGUGGAUUACGCCGCAGACGAGGACGCGAUGGUGCAGGAGGCCAUCCAGCGCUCGCUCAUGGAUAACUGAGGGUUCUCCGGAGGACAGGAGGACAUGUCAAGUCUGUGGUUUACAACACAACUCGAAUAAUCACUGAGCUCCAGGGUUUAUCCACUUAUUAUAUCAGAAGUGCUUUUUCUGUUUUAAUCUGUUUAACCAAAGCCGUGCGUGCGCGCGUGUGUGAGAUUAACCAAUCAGAUCACAGCUUUAUCACAAUAAUUAUUCAUUCCAACAAUCAAGAUGCACAAUGUGAGUAGUACGUUUGGAAAUGUAGAGAGAAUUCUGAGUAACCACACGGCAGCGUUUAAACUGGCAAACAUCCUGCGUUUACUCCUUGGUUUUUAUUUUAAUUUAAAGUGUAUUUCAGUGCCUUUUCAGGUUCCAUUUUCAGGUCUUUAUACUCCUGGUUCUUUCUUUACAAACACAUACAGGUUAUUAUUAUUAUUAUUAUUAUUAUUAUUAUUAUUAUUAUUAUUAUUAUUAUUGUCAUCUGAAUGAAAAAAAACAUAAUCUUGAAGAGAUCUCACAGCUGAGGUGCUGGUUUAUUUACACUCUGUAGUAUAUAACAGGGGAUAUAUGCUGCCUCUUUAAUACCACACACACACA